GAAGGUGCAGACGAAAUCAUUUGGCGCCAUUUGGAAGACUAAAAUGAAGAUCGUAACAAUACUUCUGGAGGUGUUCUGUGUUGUCUUUGCUAUGUCUGUCAAACAAAGAAGUAGCCAAUUGAAUACCGGAAGUGGCAACCAAUUACUAUGGUACUUCCUUAACAAAGUAGAAAAACUUGACACAAAAAUAGAUAAGAUUCAACUAGAGAAUACUGAAAUUAAAAGUAAACUAAAUGGUUUACAAACAGACGUUAGACUUUUGAAAGGUAAAACACAGAUUUGGUUAGGUGGAAAUGAUCCAACUGGAAGAAAUACAUGGAUGUGGAGUACUGAUUUCACAGAGCUAAAUUACCAAAACUGGUCCCCUGGUAACCCAGAUGAUAACAACGAAAAAUGCAUGAUGAUGUAUUCAAAAUCAUUUCAGUGGAACGACGGCGAAUGUUACUCAAAGCGAGGCGGUUACAUCUGUGAAAAACGUUUAUAGAUAUCAGACUGGGAAUGACCAUUUCAUGUUCUCGAGGGACAGGAGAAUUUGAAAAAAAAAAUAACUUAUUCGGGUAAGAACUGAGUACAAGUCAAAAUAAAAAUGAUUAUUAUGCAUCAUAAAAUUCAUGAAACAAAGCGUGCGUAGCAACAGAGUGUAUAUAAAUGUGAAACAGGAUUAAAAAAAAACCUCCCUAGAAUAUCAAAUGGUCAUCCCUUAAGGGCAUACGAUACAGUUUUGAUCCCAUAUUGAAAUUUUGCUAACAAUUUGCAUAUAGGCUGUUUUUUGCCUGAUUAAAUUGAAUAUGUAAAAAAAAAUAUACCUUCAUGUGAUACUUUUUGAGUAAAAUGAGGUCCAAAUUUUAUAUAUUUGCUAAAAAUUCGGAUUUGUGGACGUAUUUUUCCUUUCGACAGAAAUAUAUAACUUUUUUGUUUUAAAAGA